AUGGCCCCGUCUCCGUCUGCCCGGGCUGCCCUCUUCUGUCUCGGGCUGUGUCUGCGGCAGGUGGUCCAGGCGCAGGGCGAGCCCCUGCCCGCGCCCACCCUCCAGGCCCUGCCCAGUGCCCUGGUGCCGCUGGACAAGCCGGUGAACCUGCUCUGCCAGGGCCCGCCCGGCGUGACCGUGUACCGCCUGGAGAAGCUGCGGUUGGGGUCGGACGAGGGGAAGUACGAGGACAAGGACUCCCUCUACAUCCCGGCCAUGAGGCAGAGGGACGCCGGCCUCUACCGCUGCUCCUACCAGAAGGGCAGCCGCUGGUCCUCGGCCAGCGAGAAGCUGAAGCUGGUGGCCACCGGCGUGUUCAAGAAGCCCACACUCUCGGCCCAGCCCGGCCCGGCGGUGCCCCCCGGCGGGGACGUGACGCUCCAGUGCCGGAGCCAGUACAGCUUCCACCAGUACGCCCUGUACAAGAAGGGGCACCCGGGGCAGGACAAGGGCCUCGAGCGCUGGUACCAGGCCGACUUCCCCAUCAUCACCGUCACGGCGGCCCACAGCGGGACCUACCGGUGCUACAGCUUUCCCAGCAACAACCCGUACCUGUGGUCUGCCCCCAGCGACCCCCUGGAGCUCAUGGUCACAGGGCCUUCCAGCACAGCCAGCCCGUCACCCACAGAGGCACCUUCCUCUACAACACCGCCGUCUAGGGACACCACCACCUCUCCAAGGGGGCCAGACUCUACAACUGUGCCUUCUAGGGACACCACCCUCUUCUCAGGGGGGCCAGACUCUAUGAUGGGCCUCACCCAUCAGGACUACACCAGGGGUAACGUGAUCCGGCUGUGCCUCGGGGCUGCGAUUAUCCUGAUCCUGGUGGGCAUACUGGUAGAAGACUGGCACAGCCGGAAGAAGUUCCCGCUGCUCUGGGUUCCAGCUGUCCACAGGCCACUCCCACCCCUCCCGCAGGCCCCCAAGUCACAGGGCAGUCUGGAUGGGGGUCGACCAGCUGGCCAUCCCCAGGGUUUACCACCAUCAGAACCUCACGUGGUUGUAUCCAAGAGGUCAUGA